GGCACCGCCGGGCCGGGUGCCGCCGCCGCCGCCUCCCGCCUUCCCGGGCACCCCGCGGCAGCGGAGCGCCUCCGCCAGGGGCCCCUCGGUGGCGGAAGGACGAGGCGUGAGGUUGCCGGCGCCUUGUCCGUCACAGGCUGGUGGCCGAGCGAGCCGCCCGGAUCCCUGCCCUAUAUCGAGAAACCCAGUCAGAUUCGUGGCAAACAUGCUUACAGUUCAGCAGAUGCUGCAUCUGGCCAAGUCAAACCGCCAGCCUGGGGCACCGGCCGCGCCAGAGGGAAUCGCACAGAACACUGGCUUCUGCCUCCCACCGACCUGCGGCGGCCACAGCUCCCAGAGUUUCUCUCCCUCUCUUCAGACAAAAAGAAACGCACCAAGCCUUCUCUAGAAAACAGCACGGGGUUGAGGAAACACCCCUUGCAGUAUGGAGGGGCCCUGCCUCUGGAGAACCCGACCGAGGGGCCUUCUCCUGCCUCCUUUGAUUUCAACCACACCAACAGAAAGCACACGGACAGGCGGCUGGCCAAGGCUGCCAACAGCGUGUCGGCCCACCUCCACCAGGCAGCAUCCCCCUACCAAAAGAUGACAUCCUUAGUGGAGGCUCGUCCUUUUCCAGACUCUGGCGCAGUGGAGUCAGAUGAUCCAAACACACUGGAUCACUUCAACCGACCGGGCAAGAUAAUCCCCUAUAAACACACUGAUCCCUUCAAAAAGAUCACCAAACCCUCCUGGGUCACCAACCGCCAGUCAUCCAACUUGCCGUACUACUCCACCGCGCUGAAGAAAGAUGGUGAUAAGGAGAAGGCGUGUCUGACCGAGUGCAGGAAAGAGCGAGACGAAGCGGAGGCCUUCUGUGCCAGUGAAUUUGCAGUGAACGGAAUUGUUUAUAACAUGGAAAGACUGGGGCAUGGAGUCCACUUGAUUACGCUUUUGGUAAACAGUGAUGGAUUAUACAAGAUGAGUCGCCUGUAUAUUACUCCUGAUGCCUUCUUCUUUCGAGUUCACAUUCUAGUUGUGGAUACUUUAAACUGCAGUAAACCGUGUCCAGACUUUAAACUUGGCAGUAGAUACAUUGUGAUGGGUCGAAUCUACCACAAGAGACGACAGAUCCCUGCAAACCUGCUGCAGUCUCUGCGCGGGCGCCUGAGGCCAGGGGAUGGUUUGCUUAGAAGCAGCAGCAGCUACGUGAAGAGAUUCAACAGGAAGAGGAAUCGCAAAGUGCAGGCGGCUCACGCUAACUGCAGAUAAGGCGCCAGCAACCUCCCUCCAGGACACAGGCAGCAGCAGAAUUCCCCUACCACAAGAAACCCGGCCACGGUUUAGCAGCAGCGGGAGGCAGUUCUCCUCAAGUCUGCAACUGGGUGAGAGGUAGGACACUCGCUUUUGAGCUUUAGCAAACACUACCCAGAUGUCCCGACUAGGUACCUCUAUAUUGCAAAGUUAAGCACAGAAGGCAGUGCAGGGAGUGUGAACUGGUCACGAAUUUGCUCCAGCUGUUUCCAGAGCCACAGGUUAUUAUUGCCUCCCCUGCUGUAAUGCACCCCUAAUAACCUGUAGGAAUUGUAAAGUAAAAUUCUGGAGGUGUUUUUCUAGGUGCAGAAGUAACCACACUUUCAAACCCUGAAUAGACGUUAACGAUACCAGCGUGAUACCUAUAGAAGAUCUCCACUGUGUUUUCACACAGUUCUGCCUAACGCGUGACAUGCUUUUGAUCAAAAAAAAAAAACAAAACCCCAGCAAAAUUAAGGAUCACGUGAAUCGUUUCGGUAUCCUCAAACAUGUCCAUACUACUUUUAAAAAUUACAUUGUGCUUCAAUCAGAGCUGGAUUUUCACACGAAGCAAACAAAAUAGCGAUGUAAUUAUUUGAGUAUAUGAAUGUGCAAACUGAAAGCAAAUCAGUAACUGCACAACGCAAAUGCCCAAUUAGGCUUACAAAUAACAGCGCGAGUUCAUGCCAAGGAAUGCAAAACAAGCCUGCAACUGCACGCACGUUGUGUGUGCCUGGUUACACUGUCAGUGCCUUAAAAUUUCAGUCCUAGCACCGCGUACCCGGUGUCAUUUUCCCAUGAGAAAUAUCAGGAAGUUUGUAUUUGCACAUCAGUAAAGUUACUUUUUGAAUCAAAGACACCAUCUUUUAAUACCUUUAAUGUGGUGGGAUGUAAGAACCUAUGAAACUGCUGCAAAGGCGAUCUUAAAUGUUUGCUGUUCCAAGAGUCAGUAUUCACAAAUCGUAAAUCUUUAAAAGAAACUGAUAAAAAUGUUCAUGGGGUUCUGAGUUCACAGUCUCCUGGGUCCUGGAAGAUCCAAAAACCUUAUGUAAUGAUAAUAAACAAAGGCAUAUCCUUGUCUGACACGUCUGCUGGGGAUUUAAAGAUAGAUAUUUAGAUUAAAAAAUGGGAAAAUGCAGUCUAGCUUCAAAAAAAAUACACACACUGAUGUACGUGACGUGACCUGGAACAGGAAGCAGCGGCUUUAGGUGAGCAUUUUCGGGUCUGAAGCAAAGGUAGUUCUAACACAAUUCUACCUGUUGUAAACAUCUGCAGCUUGAUUUAGCAUUAUUGAAAAGCUACAGAGUAGUGGGUGGGCAUAAGUCACAAUGUGUGAAGUAUUUCUUGAUACGGAAUAGGGGCCAACUACCAAAAGCAAACAUCGUAUUUUGGGGUCCAAAGAGCUGUUACUAUAAGACAGAAAUUUACUUGUACCUUGUGUCUAUCUAAAAUAUAUACUCACUCACUUUUGUAACGUGAAAGAUUUUGCAUGGAGCGGAGCAUAUAGAAAUGGAAUUUUGCUGAGAGACUUUGAGGGGGCUUUGGAUUUGGCAGAACCAUGGCUCCUGGCAGUGAAUCAAAGCGCUGGAGUGGACUGGGAGGGACAGGAGAAGGAAGGAGAGAGGGUUCCACGCGCAUCUCAAGUUUCUUUGUCUCCGUUUUCAACUGAACUCCAUGGACUAACCAGCAAGUCCUACAGUCACCCACUGGCCCAGAGGAGCAAUUAAGCCCCCUUCCCCACCCCCAAGACAUUAUCAUCACCUAAACCUGGCCAAGCGUGGGUACAGAAAUAACAUCCACAGCCGGAUCCCAUUUUGAUUGUCUCUGGGAAGAGGUAAACAGUAGCACACCAGCGCUAAUGACAGCCAAAGCCUGAGUAAAAUGCCAAUCACACACCCAUCAUCUGCACCGCGCUCUCAGGUAACAGCUACUGCCGCAGAAGCCAGCCUGAACGGCAGUUUAUUCUGCGUUCUCCUUUUGUGUGACGAACCCCCUUACCUUUCCCUUCUUGCUUGGAAGCUCACUCCUUAAAAUACCAUCACAACAGGUGAGCAGCAAGCCACUGGAUUUCACAGCCCAGCUGAAACACAGCUGGAGCACGAGGGGAACGCCUGUUCUUACCAGCCUUACUCCACGCUAACAUACCGAAUAAAAAAACAUAUUCCCUAGGUCAAGUGGAUGUCCAGUGUCUCGCACUCGCUAUUACAAACCCCCACAGCAUUAACCACACUGAAAAGCAGCGGCGCUUCAACAAUAGCUGCCACAGUAAUUUUGAUACCCCCACAGUAAUAACCGUUUUCCCCAGCAGGGUAAGCAUGAAAAUUCUGCAGCCAAUAUAUAGAAAUCCAGACGUACGGGAACACUGUUGUCUUCCUGCCUUUCCAGGGCUUUACUCUCAAGUUUUUGGGUAAGCCCAACUUUUUAUUCGACUUUAAGUCUCCAUUGUAACUGUUGCACAAACUAAAAUCUAGACCAAGGAAAAUGGCUUCUAUUUUGAUGAGACAAAAAGAAAAUCAAGCUGGAAUAGCUCACAUUAUCAAAAUCUGUGUUACAAUGUAUGACCACUUUGAAACAAACGUUGCAAUAAUUUAUAAAAAUACCAACAGGAGGAUGACUGAACAGAGAUCACAAAGCUUACGACCUUACCAGGACUUUAAGGAAGGUGAAUAUUAAUUAUGAGUGAUGUAUUUUCAGUAACACCACUUAACUAUAGAAGAUCACCACUAAUGAAUUGAGAAAAGUACCUCAGCCUACUCAACAGCAAUUGAAAAUGCUAAGAAAGGCUCUUGGCACAAUGAAAUCGUACGUAUGAAUUAAUUCUCUCAUCAGCCUGAUUGACUGGCAGUUCAUGUAUCAUCUGGCAAAGCCCAGACCUACAUAGGAUAAUGUUAUCGAAUGUUUCAUUAGAAACACCACCAAAUCCAUGUCAAACACAUUACUUUAUUUGUCCAGGAUGAUGUGUCCUAUAAGGUACAAAAAAGUACUCUUCAGUUUGCCACAAUUUGUUAAAAACAUAGCAAUCUAUUGCCUACAGGUAGGAAAAUUUUAAAUCAUAUCAUAUAUAUUUAUAUAUGAAUAAAUAGUACAGAAAUACUGUGAAGUUUGGAUGAGAUGCAGGAUAUGUUAAAACGCUGUUAAAAGUUGAGAUUUUUUUUCCCUCGUUGCAUUAAAAACACAAUGCAUACAAUAUGCAGCAUUUUUUUUAAACGUCAAAAGACAACAAAACCUAAAUGCAACUACUCUUCUUUAACUUUGAGAAGCAUAAAAGGAUUAUGGUUUUCACAUUGAACAAUUAUUUUUUAAUUUCCACAUAUAGGUUAAAUGACAACAUCGGUACGUACAAAAAACCCACGGGUUUUUAUUAGAGAAAAUUACCCCAGCAGAACUUGUACACCUGAGCCUGUAAGUGUAAGAAAGUGUGGUCAGUAGCAACAUCUUUGUAAGAAAAAUACCAGAAGAGGUUCUUGCAUAGCAAGGUGUGAGGUUAAACCCGAAAGGAGCUCGUUCAUAAACCAGGGACAUCCCAGAGCACUGCAGAACAGAAGGUAACUGAGUUAGUGCAAAAGCUAGUCAAAUGCUCCAAGAGCCGCACACGAACCAGGGCGGAUUUAACUACGGCCAGGUCAAAGGAGCGCGUCAUCUACAUACGCAACGCCACAGUGACAGUGGAAAGAAAAAGCAAUGGCAUCUGCCACCUGCAGCCCCUUGGCGACUUCCACUUGUCCCUCACAGUAGCACCGCUCGCACAGGAACAACGGAGCGGCCCAGGACGCCUCUCCACGGUACCAUUACAGUCGGUGCUCUACAUUCCCAGAGUACUUGGCAAAAUAUCACUUAACUCAGCGGUGGGCAGUGACAUUUCACAAAAUACUUCCUACCACCUGAUCUGUUAUAGUCAUUUUGGCACCGCUGCAGAAAUCUCAUGAAGGGCCAACAGCUGCUCAGGAAUGAAACGUAGUAAACGCCACCUUCGGAGCAAAAUAAAGUCUGAUCUGCCUGGCCGCUUCCCUCCCCUACUACCUGUAGUAUCUGUACUCCUGAACAGAUCCCCCAAGUGUUACAAACAUAUCAGCGCACACUCAAAAGACACCUACAUCUGUGGGGAGAACAAUUAUCUCCAUUUAUUUUGUUUCAUAUACAUCCAUAUUUUGAAUUUUAAUACAAAAGAAAAAAAUUAGAAUCUGACAAAUGUUUACAAACAAGAUACCUUCAAAUAGAUUUUACUCAUUUCAGUCUGGUGCAGAGUAAAUGACAAAUUGUACUGUUAUAUUCAAGGCAACAGAGUCUGUAGUCCAUGACUGCUUAGCCCAACUUUUAUGCAAGCUUAAUUGGUUUUAUCUACCAUGAAUGAUAAACUCAUUGUUGAUUCCCAGUUCUCUGUGUGUGCACAUGUGUACAUAGCAGCUCCUUUCAUAGAAAGAAAAGACAUCUAGAGGUCUUCUUGUACUUUUACCUACAGGAAUCAUGUUAAGAUACAGAAUGGAUUACAUGUAACCGGGGCUGGAUUUUAUAAGAAAAAAUAAUUAGCUGACAAAUGAGGGCAGCAAUAAAAAAGCGUCUUUUUUGCAACAAUAAAUAAAUACAGUCAAAGUUU